GCUGGAUGAGGGAGAGACAGAGAAGGUGGAGUGCAGGCUACAGACAGCUCUGACACAGCGGGGUCCAGGGCUCUGCUACUUCUCGGCCCGGCGGCUGACUCUAACGGUCCGUGUGCCUCCUCACGAGGUGACCCGCAACCUGGACUACAGAGCAGGGGGAGCAGAGAGGACACAGGAAUGAAAGAGGAAUAAAAGGAGACAGCCAAAGGGUACGAAAAAAAAAGGGAGCGACGUCGCAAACGAGCCACCAAGGAGGAGACAGACCCCGGCCAGACGAGCACGGAUACAGGGAGGCAAAGAGGAGGAGGAGGACUCACAAGGGAAGAACGGCUGAUACAGAAGAGGAGAGAAGAGCUAUUAUCACCAGGCAGGCAUGGCAGAUGCAGAGCUGGACUUCCAGACAGGUGAUGCCGGGGCAUCCGCCACCUACCCCAUGCAGUGCUCUGCUCUGCGUAAAAAUGGCUUUGUUGUGCUGAAAGGCCGACCCUGCAAGAUCGUUGAGAUGUCCACCUCCAAGACUGGCAAGCACGGCCACGCUAAGGUUCACCUGGUCGGGAUCGACAUCUUCUCUGGAAAGAAAUAUGAAGACAUCUGUCCCUCCACCCACAACAUGGACGUCCCCAACAUCAAGAGAAUGGAUUACCAGCUGAUUGGGAUCCAAGAUGGCUACCUGUCCCUGCUCCAGGACAGCGGGGAGGUGAGAGAGGACCUGAAGAUUCCCGAGGGAGACCUGGGCAAAGAGAUAGAGAGCAAGCACGAAGCCGGAGAGGAGAUCCUGAUCACUGUUCUAAAUGCAAUGGAUGAAGAAGCUGCAAUUGGCAUCAAAGCCUUGGGUAAAUAAGCCACUGCAGGUAAAUACAGAGCCACAGCUGUAUCGACACGCAGCUGUCCUCUCACCCCCCCCCAACUACCGCCUGACCCCAGCCUGCCUGAAGAGGAGUGCGUGCUCGCGUGUGUGCGUGUGUGUGUGUGUGUGUGUGCUAUGUAAAAUUAUGUAUGCGUGCGUAUGUUUGGGUGUUACACCACAAGCCACAAGCAUGUGCCAUGCCAGUGCAAGUGCGUGUGAUGUCAUGUACAUGUACAGUUUCCUGUUCAUCAUUGGACCAAGGGGAAGGCAACUCCAGUCGACGAGAUCUGACGCCGAGAUUUGAUGCUUAGAUUUUUACCUCUGGUCAGUAGGCGGUUUGUUGAUUAUUAGCAAGGGGACGGGCUCCAGCUGCUCCACCCCUUCACCCCACCCUCAGCGCCAUUUCACUGGAGUUGUAUGAUUGCAUGUGAGCUACAAAUUGAUUGACUGAUAGAAAAGAUUUAAUUUCUGUGCCUUCAGUUCCAUUUUUGCUGACCUCUCCGGUUUAAUUGGAACCUGCCAUGUGAAAUGACUUUUCUCUGAUGCCCCCAAUUCUCCAACUUGUCUCUCUUCUCCGACAGAUUUAAUUGGCUAAGUAGUAUCACGCGAGAUCAUUUAACGCAAGCAACACAACACAAGGUCUGUGAGUUUCCUGGUCGCUAAACAAGUGCUACAAAUGCAUCACGUGUCGAAAUAGAAAUUUAAUUAUCUCUAAUAAAUCAUCAGUUAGGGGGCGGCACGGUGGUGUGGUGCUUAGCACUCUCGCCUCACAGCAAGAGGGUUGCCGGUUCGAUCCCGGGCGUGGGAGCCCUUCUGUGCGGAGUUUGCAUGUUCUCCCCGUGUCAGGGGUUCUCUCCGGGCACUCCGGCUUCCUCCCACAGUCCAAAGACGUGCAGAUUGGGGACUAGGUUAGUUGAUAACUCUGAAUUGUCCAUAGGUGUGAAUGUGAGCGUGAAUGGUUGUUUGUCUCUGGCGACCUGUCAAGGGUGUACCCUGCCUCUCGCCCGAUGUAGCUGGGAUAGGCUCCAGCCCCCCCGCGACCCUCAAGAGGAUGAAGCAGUUAGAAGAUGAAUGAAUGAAUGAAAUCAUCAGUUAUAGGUCUGGGUCCGAACCAGACCCCUAGGAAAGCCAAUCAGCCUUGCAGCAAUGUUUCUCUAGUGGUCACUCGUGGUAUUGCAGCCCAAAAACUAUUUUCCCCAUAGACCACCAUUACAAAAGACACAUCUUUAAAACUAUUAAUAGGACACCUCGAACUACACACAAGGGCAAUUACGAAUCUUUCUAUUCUGAAUUUUUGAGCCAUGGUGGUUUCAUAUUUGUAAAACUACCCUGGAGACGAGAAAAACGAUUUAAAAAUCUGUGAUGUCAUCAUAAUGUAAAAUCCAUGAGCCAAGAAAUACCACUGCACAUAUUCAGUGGGCCACAUAUUCCAGAAGUAAACCCGGAAGCUAGAAAACUUUUUUGGCGUACGUGCCAGGUGAGCAACUCCAUUGGAAUGAAUAGGCGCCAUCUUGGCAUCCGAUAUCUAAACAAAUCCACGGUCCAAACCCAGGGUCACCAAAUCGCCUACUGCCUUUGGUAUAUAGAAACAAUGACAACAUAAUUUAAAAUGAUAUGCAUAUCCACUCUACUGGAAACAUCCAUGUUUUUCCACAUUACUGCAUAACAUUUUUUUGUGUGUAUAUAUUUGUUUAAACUGGACAUAUUUCUAAUUGAUGAAAUGUAACUAAUUUGAGGAGUGUACUGACGCCUGUAAGAAGAGCUACUGUGGAUUUGCCUACCCCUUCAUGUACUUCCUGUCUUAUGUUAACACUAUUACGAGCAUGUGUAUCAUUUAUACGUAGCACUAUCAAAUAUAAAUGAAAGCUUAUGGUUCAUAUUGUAUUUUUGAGGCAAAGUUGUAUGGGGGUUUUUUUUGUUUUGUUUUCAGUGGGUUGCACUUCAUUUUACAGCCUGAUCUAGCCAGUUGCUUCCUGUAAAGAAACAGCUCGUAGCAUUGUUGUAAUUGUUGGGUCAAACUGUUUCAUGCACUUUCUUUCCCGCACUCUUCUCUCCUGCAAACUGUGGGCUGUAGAAUAAAGUGUCCAAAUUGUCGGUUGUGCAAUGUUCCCUCUGCAGAGGCUAGUUAAAACACUGUCUCAUUAAAAAAGAAUAUUUCUCA